CAACGGGGAUCUCGACUCAGUUCAUCUACACUUCCAAAAUGUGUGAAAAUUGUUGAAGUUGGUCCUAGGGAUGGGCUACAAAAUGUAAAGGACAUUGUUGCGACCGCAACUAAAAUCGAGUUGAUUAAUCGUUUGUCGGAGACCGGAUUACCUGUCAUAGAGGCAACUAGUUUUGUUUCGCCAAAAUGGGUGCCACAAAUGGCAGACCACACUGAAGUGAUGAAAGGAAUCGUCAAACAUGCUAAUGUUCAAUACCCUGUUCUUACACCAAACGUGAAGGGUUUUGAAAUGGCGUAUGAAGCAGGAGCAAAGGAGGUGGCCGUAUUUGGUGCUGCAUCAGAAACAUUUUCAAGAAAAAACACUAAUUGUUCCAUUGAGGAGAGUCUCAAAAGGAUGGAAGACGUCGUUAGCAUGGCUAAAGAGAGAAAUAUUCCAGUUCGAGCCUAUGUGUCAUGUGUGCUUGGUUGCCCGUACGAAGGAAAAAUCGAGCCGCAGUCUGUUGCUAAGGUCGUCGAGAAGCUCUACGACAUGGGUUGCUACGAGAUCUCGCUGGGCGACACGAUCGGCGCCGGCACGCCGGGAGAGAUGCGCCGCCUGGUGGACGCCGUCACGGCGCGCGUGCCUGUCGAUGCGAUCGCCGUGCACUGCCACGACACGUACGGACAGGCCCUCGUUAACAUCCUCGUCGCACUGGAGGGCGGCAUUACCGUCGUGGAUUCGUCGGUGGCGGGACUCGGUGGCUGUCCGUAUGCCCCCGGGGCUAGCGGUAACGUGGCCACAGAAGAUGUCGUGUACAUGCUGGACGGGCUCAAGAUACAGACGGGUGUGGAUCUACAGAAGCUGAUAGGUGUUGGUGAAUUCAUCUGCCACAAACUGAACAGAAAAAGCAAUUCUAAAGUAUCGCAGGCUCUUAGCAAACUAUGAUGAAAACUAGCAUAAAGCAUAAUUAUUAUAUAACUAGUUGUUAUAUAUGAUAACAGGCUAUCAGCAGGCUAUGAUCUUGCAAUUUAGUAUUAUCAUGAUCAUGAAAUCAAAUAUAGCAAGAGUGAAGGUUAUUGAUGAUGGCGACCCCAGCAGUUAGAAACCGGUGUGCUAAUGUUUAUGAAUAUGCUUGAAUACUAACAAUUCUUUUGAAUAUAGGGUAAAAUGUAACAAACAGUGCUGUGGAAUAAAGUAGGCUUCUUAAUAUUCCUAAGAUGGUGCCAUUUUAUUAAAUUAACAAGUAAAUAGUACGAAAUUGCAUGCAGGUGAAUAUACACAUAUAGCAAGAGAGUUAAUCAGGUAGUUAAAGAUGCAUAGCUGUUGUUAUAUGCACGGAUGAAAGAGAGCAUUAUUAAACUGUGAUCAUAGUUGCUUAAUUUUUUCAUGACUGUACAGAUAAUUAUUUUUAGAUAGUUAUGUAAGUUAUUGCAAAAUGUCAUGAAUAAACAUGUAUAUAGUUACACAAGAAA